UGUAACACUCAAUACUGCUUGCAGCGCAUAUGUCAUGACGAUGUCACAAUGUCACCAUACCAUAUACCCCGAACAAAGCCACCAUAUAUAGCCAUCAAACAAACCCUCAAAAGCAAACACCAACACGCCUACCAAUCAAUAAUCAAAACCAAACAAACACCAACCACCAAAAUGCCCAAGAAAAUCCUCAUAAUCCUCUCCGACGCCAAAUCCUACCCCCUCAAAACCCCCACCGGCACGACCCCCCAACAAACCGGCUUCUUCCUAAUGGAGCUCGCAAAACCCCUCACAAAGCUCCUCGAAUCCUCCCACGAAAUCACCUUCUCCAGCCCCAAGGGCCUGAAACCAGAACCAGACCCGAACAGUGAAUCCCUCCUCGCGUUCGCGGGGAACUUCUACGAGCGACAGCGAGAAAACGAACUCAUUGAGAGAAUGAGGAGGGAGAAUGGGUUUAGUAGCCCCCGGCCGUUUGGGAGUAUCAAUGACGCGGAGCUUGAUUCGUUCGACGGGGUUUUUAUACCAGGCGGGCAUGCGCCGUUGACGGAUCUCGGGAAUGACAAGGAGCUGGGGAGGGUGUUAUGGCAUUUCCAUGAGAAGGGGAAGCCGACUGCUGUUAUUUGCCAUGGGCCGUAUGCAUUUUUGAGUACGGGAGAAGUUAGUGAUCGGGGGUUCGCGUAUACGGGGUAUCGCAUUACUUGUUGGAGUGAUGCGGAGGAGAAGUUUAUGGAGACUGUUAUGGGAGGGGAGAUUCCGAAGGUUGAGAGUAAGCUUAGAGAGGCGGGGGCUAAGAUGGUUGAGGGUGUGAGUACAAAGGUUGGGUGGAUUACGGUUGAUAGGGAGGUGGUUAGUGGUGCGAAUCCGAUGGCGGCGGGGGCGCUGGGGGAAAAGUUUUUGGAGAUGUUGGGUGAGUAAAUGGAUUGGGCUAAGAUGCGUUCACUGGACAGGGUAGAUUAUCUCGUUGGUUUUACAGGGUAUACUAUGCUUGUUGGCAGCUACAAUGGUGUCCUUAGGACUCUUGCGUACAGUAGAACUCGAUAGUUAUAUAUUUCUCCGCCAUCUACCUAAUCUACACCAUCACUCAUCAAAGAAACAAAACAAAGCAUAAUUAAUUAUCAAAACAAUUCCUCGCAUUCUGCAUAAUGCACAAAUACAAUGUCGCAUAUAUGGAGUACAUUCGACGUAUAACAUCACUCUACGAUCUACAAACCAGCGGUGU